AUGUUCUUUGGUCACAGUUCCAUAUGCUUUUCUGCAAUUAAUCGACUAUUUUUGAAUGCGGAGAGAUCGAUAAUGUCUCGAGACUGGAUUGUUAAAAUUUUGGAUUCAAGCCGGUUGAGCCGACAGAAUGCAACACUAACUAGUCUGGACCAAUUGAUCAAUGUGUUGGCGCCAAUUGGAAUCGGAGUCUCUGGUGUUUGGAUCUCACCAUCACGCAUUCAAUGCAACUGUUCCUGA